AUGCGACACGGGCUCGGCACUCGCCCCCUCAACGCCCUCGUGGCCCUGCCCUCCUUCUUUGUCCUGGGCUACUCACAGUCAAGCCUGGGCGGCCUGGUCAAGUUUGAUGACUUCAAGCUACACUUUCCCCAAUGCACUGACCCAACGAUCCAAGGCAUCACGGUCUCGUCCUACACGUUGGGGGCUGCCCUUGGCGCGUUUGCCACUUUUUACCUCGGCAACCGCCUCGGUCGACGCAGGUCGGCCAUGCUGGGCGCGACGGUGGCAAUCGUUGGUCUCGUCCUGCAGGCGUCGUCGUUUGCGCUCGCCCAGCUGAUCCUAGGCCGGGUACUCGUCGGCUUGGGCGUCGGCAUCCAGUCGGCCACAGUGCCCGUGUGGCAGUCGGAGCUGUCGAUUGUCUCGUCAAAGCGAGGGGCCCUCGUCAUCUUUGACGGCAUCUGCCUCGCCCUGGGCAUCGCCUCGGCCGCCUGGGUCAAUCUCGGCUUCUCCUUCAUCGGCGGCCGCUCGGCCCUGGCCUGGCGCCUGCCCAGCGCCCUGCCCCUGGUCCCGAUGCUCGUCUCGCUGGCCGCCUCUGCCCUCGUCCUCGAGUCGCCCCGCUGGCUGCUCAGCGUGCACCGCGAGGAGCGCGCACGCGAGGGCAUCGCCACGCUCCUCAACGCAAGGAGCGGCGCCACCCAAGUCGACGAGUACGCUCGCGCCGAGCCGUCGCUCUGGAAGCUCGUCAGGCCCGACGACGGCUGCCCGCCCCGGCUCCGGACGAGGGCCGCCCUCGCCGUGGUGACGCAGGCGUUCCAGCAGCUCUCCGGCGGCGGCCUCAUCUCCUACUACUCGGGCACCCUCUUUUCCCAGCUCGGCUUCGACGCCACCGAGACGCGCGUCCUCUCGGCCACGGCCCUGACGUUCAAGCUCGUCUGCACCCUCAUCCCCUUUCUCCUCAUCGAGCGACUCGGCCGAAGGAGGCUGCUCAUCGUCUCGGGCGCCGGCAUGGCCUCGGUUCUCGUGGUACUCGUCAUCACCAGUGCCUACUCGUCGGCGCGUGGUGCCGUCUACGUGUCGACGGCGUGCAUCUACCUCUUCAACCUCUUUCUACCCAUUGGCUUCCUGGGCGUCAACUACCUGUACUGCGCCGAGAUUGCGCCCCAGACCUACCGAGCGCCCAUCUCGGCCCUCUCGACGGGCGUGCACUGGUGUGGAAACUUCAUCGUGGCCAUGGUCACACCCGUCGGGUUUGCCAGCCUGUCCUGGGGCUACUACAUCAUCUUCACCGUCAUUGCCUCGGCCAUUGUGCCCACCGUCUAUUUCUUCUUCCCAGAGACAUCGGGCCUGAGCCUCGAGGAGAUCGACGAUUUCUUUGCCGAGCUCCGACGCGAGCACACGCCGCCGUCGCGCGUCAUGGGCGCCGACGACGCGUGCGACGUUGAGCUCGUCGGCAGCAGCGGCGGCGGCGAUGAUGUCGAUGCAAAGGUGCGGUCCUCGUCGUCCUCGUCGUCUGAGAGAGUGUAUGCUUCAUUUCCAAAAGUGUAG